AUGGCCCAUGUCGGUCCUGGUGAUGGCAUUUGCUCGUCAGCCGUGCUGGGCGAGAAGCCAGCAGCAAGUGUGGCCAGCAGCACAGCCUUGGCCAUUCGGAACUCGACCAUAAUCGCCCAUCGCCUCUCCAUAUACUUGCCCCAACUACUCCUUCCGUCCCGUGACCCUCAGAAGCUCAUCACCGAAAUCAACUGCCAUGUGGCCCAGUUCCGGGAGCUGCUCAUCUUCAUUGGUCAGUCCCGUGACUCCCCCGAGUUGCGGGAGAAGAUCAGGAAACUGCGGCGCAGUUGUGUGGAUUCCUGCAAGCACACGGCUCACCUGAUCACCCCCCAGCCCCGCCAUUGUCUGGGCAGUGAAAGGAUGCACCUGACCCUGCUCUUCCAUCUCACCCAGCAGUUUCAGAACGAACUGAUCAAGAGCUAUCGCUUGAUUCAACUAGUGCCUCUGGAUAUGACAGAGUACUAUGCUCCCUCCCGCACUGCUCCCUCCAAUCUGGGCAAUGUCAUUAGUCAGAUUCUGCUGUGCAAGCAGAUUAAUCCCGAUUUCCAGCAGGAGGAGCUGUGCAGCAUCGUGAAGGACUCUCAGGAGCUAGGAGAGCUUCUGGAAGAGCUGCAAUCGCACUUGCCCCUCCCAGAGGCUUCUCCCGAUUCUGAAUGGGAUCAGGCACAGAAAUCGGAAAGUAGCCAGAUCUCGUUGAACACCCCGGCCUGGUAUGCCCGUCAGCGGAGGAAGAGCUGCAAGAGCCGUAGUCGCAGUCUGUGCUGCUGUUUGGCCAACAAUGGAGCCAAAACUUAUUAAGAGAUUAAAAAGUGGCAAUAAAACACCUUCCAACAUAUAGUUCCAAGAACCAAAGCACUAGUUAAUUGGUAUCUAUGUCCAGGAAGUGGAAACCUGUACCCGAUAAAGCACAAGUUAGUGGGAAACUUUGAUUUCAAAUCCAUAUAAGAGUCAUCGAAUGUAAUUGCUUCAAUGAUAACUGAGCACCUCUUUGGAAGACGAUAAAAUUUUAUUCCCAGAAACGAUAAACACGGCAAUGUAGGACAUCAAAGAGCACAAAGGCUGUUAAACCAAAAAUACAAAUCGAGAGAGUUCGCGACUCGAGAAUGAUGAAAUCCAAAGUGUUUACUCCUUACAUGGACAAAGGGCGAUAAAUUAACGGCAGGAAAGCAGGUGAAAUUCCACUUUAUGACGUGUAGGAAAGAUGUUAUAUUUUUGUCGAAAAAAGAGAAUCCCAGAAGCGUUAACUUUGUUUACUCGCCAUUUAGCCAGUCACUUAGCAGGGCAGGUGAUGCCAGUGGCAGUGGCAGUGGCUGUGGCUUUGGAGCGGCGCCCACCAGGUGGGCCGUAAAAGAUGAUUAGAUUCCGGAAUCCGGAUUACACCGCAUGCGGACGACCUCCCAGUCGUCAUUGGUCAAUGGCAACCGGGUUGAGCGAAGCUCCCAGUUCUCAACAAACAGAUAAUGCCGCCUGGCAACACAUUCCUCACCCAAAAGUCAUUCAAAAGACAGUCACUUGCUUUGAUUUUUCAUAGUUUAGGUAUUUAAUUUUAAAAAUAUGCCUUUGUCUUUUACAAAACAUAUCUCUACAUUAAAAAUAUAUGUAUAUAUAUAUAUAUAGAUUUAUGUAUAUUGUAUGCAGAUUUAUAUGGUAUAUAAUAUAUAGGUGUAUAUAUUAGGUAUAAACUUCUACAUGUCAUAUGGAUUUUCACAGAAAAUCUUAACACUUUUGAGUAAUGCUUUUUAAUUGUUUCCUUGUGCGCUCUUCUCUAUUUCCGUUUCUAUCCUUUAAUCCUUUCAUGAUUUCCCAUAGAGACUGUUUCAAUCCUUUUUAGUUACUUUGUUGAGCAUUUGCAUUUUUUGGAAGAUUCUUUGUUACGCUUACUCCGUUGGCACCAUCUUAGAGCUACAUACAUAAACUCUGAUCUGUGCUCUUCGGGUAGUAGCUUUGACAGAAGGCAUUAAGCAACAACAACUAACUUAAUUGUUAACAACAAUCCCUACACGACGGUUACACGGUCUGUUCAGAGUGUGUUUUUUAGUGUUUGAUACAAAAAUUGUAUGUUAUAUCGCUAGAGCUAUCGUUAGACAUUCGCUACAACAUUAUAAAUUCACUAUUUGUUCACGAUUCUUUCUGGCUAAUAUCACCGUUAUCACUGCAAUGCCUAAACUCGGCUUAAGUCUAAGCAGAAAGAAGUCUUUUCCUGGAUAGAAUAUGUCGGUCAUGUGUGCUAACAAAAUGGUGCUAUUAAAAGGUAAACAAAGGAACUAACUUAGCCGCUAGACCUAUGCAUAGUCACACUGCGAACAAAACGAAUCCGAAACCGAAAACGAAAACGGUGAAAUCAUUAAUGGAAAUUUGUGCAAAAAAAAAAGGCACACACAAUCUCAUAAAUUAAAAGACUAAAA